CACUGCAAGGUUUUCUCAAUUUUCAUUGGUUAAGCGGACUUUAGCUUCCUGUGUUUUGAAAUCAUGGCGCCAGGAGAAAGGUUUAGAAUGCUAAACAUCAUUUGACAACUGAUAAAAACAUGAGUUCCACUGCAAGUGACAUCCCAGGUGUCACCCCACAGUCCCAGAUCAUAACCUCAGGCAGGGGAUCUAGAACAGGGGGGUCACUAGCAGGGCACAGCGUACGCUCAAGAAGGAAACAUACCCCUUAUAUGAAGUCUGCUACAUCGAGAAGGUUAGCAGGUGUAAAGCCACAAGAUGAUCAAGAAGAACCUCCAGAUUUUGAAGGCUUUCUGAAGAAGACAUGGCGCCUGUACAAGAUGACCCCUAUGUACAACUUCAGUUAUGAUAACAGAACUUUGAGGAGGCAUUCUGCAGUGCUAUCUGCAUUUGUGGAGGCUGAAUCUCUGAAAGGGGCAGUGGUCAGUGAGGGAGAGGUGGCGGGGAAGGCUGUGAUAAGUGUAUAUAGAGGACUGAGAACUAAUGAAAGUGACUCAGAGGCCAUACAAAUUCUGGUGAAAUCUAAACCAAGCACAGGACAAGGGGAAGCCAAAGUGGCUGUCACUGCUGUGUUGUUUGGAGCGGGUGUGAAUGAAGAUAUCCAGAGAAGGCUCCCGUCCUCCUUCACAUGGCUACCACUGAUGAUGGUCAAGGGUCCAGUGGGCAUAACCAGCAGUGUCCAGAGUUGGUUGCAGAGUAACUUUGACUGCCACAUCACCCCAAUGGAGUUCACGUCCACUGACCUGUCCUGGAUGGUUGCCAUGUGGGCAGGGGUGGAGACAGACAUCGGCCACAAGCCAGUAGAGUUGCUAUACAGAGUGCCACAGGUGGAGGGGUUGUCAUCCAUAACCUACACAAUUAAUGCUGGGGAUUGUAAGGCACUCUGGGAUAGUGUGCACACAGAGGAGAGAGAUCAGUUCACAGUGGAGGAAGUGGAGGUCUUCACCAAAGCUCUUGAAUCGCAUUUUUAUGCACACUUCAAUAUUUUUCUUGGGCACAUGCACCUCAGUAGGGCUGGUACUGGCAUAGGUCUGGUGUCCAUGGACGGGAAGGUGAAGUUAUUUCAAAAUGAUCAUGUGCUGAGAAUGCUGUCCCAUUUUACCCAGCUGGCAACAGAACAAUUGGACCUCAGGUGAUCUGUAUGAGUGCACAGUACUAGUGCUCGUGU